AUGAAAGGCGUCACUUUCCCAGUAACUGUUGUGCUUCUGAUACUGGUGCACAGCUCCCAGCCUGUCUAUGUCCAGGAGGGGGAAUUCUCAUUCCCGCUUGAGGCUGUAAAGAAGCUGAAGGGAUUCUUGGAUGCGGAUGCCAGAGCCAGUCCUCGGAUGAUGGCUAGGACAAGUUUCAUUUCUGUAUGUGCAAACCCGGAGCUGCCCAAAGAAUUCCAGCCCGUAUGUCAAAGGGAAGAUGCACCCAUCAUUUUUAACAGGCUGAACUUGGCUGUCCAAGACAUGGAUAUAUGUGAAAUCUGCGCCAAUGCAGCCUGUGCAGGUUGUCGCUGAGGAAGG